AUGCGGAUCGACGAACCGCAACUGUUUGUUAGUAUGUCAAAAGAGGCUCAAGAUAUUGUGAAUGGAGGUGCUGGAUCUGGAAAUGAUGAGACUAGUAGUAAUUGUGAUGAGAGACAAGAUGAUCAGGCUGAUGAGCAGAAAUGCACUCCUCCGGCAUCCCCAGAUUUGGCUGCAAAUCUGAAUGUAUUCGAUCUGGAGUCCCGCCAAAAAGUGGUUCAGCGUCUAUUAAAUUCUCAAUUGAACCUCUCAAAUCUGCGGACGCCUCUCAAUCUUCCACCAAUAUUUCAAGCACUUCAAGGACCAUUCAGUAUUCAGCAACAGCUACUCGGUUUGGCGUCUGGAUUGACAGCUAUGUCGCCGGGUUUAGAUGAUUAUGAUGAGGAGAAUACGAAUGGAAUUGAGCCGGAGGACUUGACGUUAGGCGGAUUCAGGAAGGAGACGUCCGUGAAAUCAGAAGAACCGUCAGAGUCUGGAGUCAACCCAUCCGGUCCAGCAUGGUCGUAUGAGGAACAGUUUAAACAGAAUCGCUCAAUAUCCCCGUCGAACUUGGAAGAAUUCUGGGAAAAGUUUGGAAGCAUCGAUAAACUUUCUGAGUUGUACGAGUUGUCAGACGAUGUGAAAAGGAAGGAAUGGUUGGAUGAUUGGCUCAAUUUCAUGCAUAGAAUAGGAAAACCGGUGACACGUAUCCCAAUAAUGGCAAAACAAGUACUCGAUCUCUAUGAAUUAUACCGACUCGUCGUCCAACACGGUGGUCUCGUUGAAAUAAUCAAUAAAAAGUUAUGGAGAGAAAUCACGAAAGGACUGAAUCUCCCGUCGUCAAUCACCUCCGCAGCGUUCACUCUUCGAACACAAUAUCAGAAAUAUUUGUAUGAUUAUGAGUGUGAAAAAGAGAAAUUAUCGAAUCAAUCGGAUUUACAACAAGCAAUUGAUGGGAAUCGUCGAGAAGCUCCGGGUAGACGGACGGCUCCUCCGUUUCCACUUCCAUUUCAACUUCCACAUGCAGCGAAUGCAGCGGCGAGUAUGCUUAAUAAGCAGUUAAAUGGAUUAGGAAUGAGAAAUGACCUCCUAGAUGAUGAAAACACGCUGAACCUCCAAGCCAGCGGCUUAUUCGGUGCGGGUUACGGUGCUGAGCAGAUGGCAAUUCUUGAAGCUCAUCAACGGAAUCUGGAAAGAGCACAACGAGCAGCCGAACAAGUUGCCAGACAAAGUCUCGGACUCGCAUCGUUAUCCAAUGGAAACGGAGGACAUCAUCAUAGUUCUGGAAGGGAAUCCACGUCGAGCAAUGAUUCGGAUAUUCCUGUGAAACGAGCGAAACUGGAGAAUGAUCACAAAUCGAAUGGAGCCUCCAGUUUACGAAUUAGUACAAAACAAUCAGAAAAUUCCAAAAACUCAAUGUCAGUGUCAAUGGAGAUCAACGGAAUCACAUACCAAGGAGUAUUAUUCGCUCAAGACGGAACCACUGUCUCCGAGUCUUAA